AUGCAUCCUAGUGCUCUUGUCGGCCUUUUGGCCUUCGCCGCCGCCGCGACGGCUGUUCCCCACAAGCCUCGCGCUGGUCACUCGACUUCUUCCCUUGAGAACUUGAAGUCCCACGUCAAGAAUGUUGUUGUUCUCGUUAUGGAGAACCGCUCUCUAGACAACCUCCUGGGUGGUCAGACCCAUCCCGGUCUGGAGAACCCCAUCAACAGCGGUCCUUUCUGCAACCCCUACAACGUGACCGAUCCUUCUCAGGGUUACCACUGCGCCGUUGCCAAGGAUUACGACUCCGUGACUGAUGACCCCAGUCACGCUGUCACUGGUAACACGAUGGAGUUCUUCAGCCAGUGGACCCCCGACAAUGCCGCGAUUGCCGAUGGCAAGUUGGUUCCCAACAACAACGGUUUCAUCCACGAGCAGAUCUAUAACUAUGGCGAAUCUGCCAACGAGACUGUGAAGGCUAUGCUGGCCAAGCAGGUGAUGAACUACUAUACCGAGGACCAGACUCCUGUUAUGACCGCUCUGGUUCAGAACUUCCUUACCUUCAACCACUGGCACUCUGAUGUCCCCGGUCCUACUGACCCUAACCGUUUUGCUGUCGUUGCUGGUACCUCCGGCGGCCACGGUACCAACGAUGAUACCUUUGGUACCUAUGCGUUCACCCAGCGCUCCAUCUUCCAGCAGCUGGGCGAGACCAACCACACUUGGCUCAACUACUGGGACACCGCUGGUGGCACCGGCCCCGAGGCCCAUUGGUUUGCCUGGACCAAGGCCACCGGCAACCAGAACAAGGUUGUCCCCAUGGACCAAUUCUAUACUGAUGCCGCCAGCGGCUCUCUGCCUGAGUUCUCCUAUCUGAACCCCUCCUGCUGCGGCGUUGGUACCACCUCUAUGCACGACAGCGGUCUUAUCUCCGACGGCGAGGCCUUCAUCAAGAAGGUUUACGAGUCUCUCCGUGCUAGCCCACAGUGGGAGGAGACUCUCUUCGUCCUGACCUUUGACGAGAGCGGUGGCUUCCAUGACCACGUUCCCCCGCCUCUGGCUCCUCGUCCCGAUAACCUGACCUACACUGAGAAGGCUCCCAAUGGCCAGGAGUACACCCUCGACUUCAACCGUCUGGGUGGCCGUGUUCCCACUCUCCUGAUCUCUCCUUGGGUCAGCCAGGGCUACGUUGAGCAGAAUGGUACCAACUACCGGGGCCAGACUGUGUCUUACUCGGCUGCCUCCCUGCUCCGCACUCUUGGCUAUCUCUGGAACUUCGAGCCUUUUAACCCCCGUGUUGAGAAUGCUGCCUCGUUCGAUCACCUGAUCCAGAGCACUCCCCGCAAGAAUGCCCCCGUCAAGCUCCCCACUCCCCACACUUUCUCCCGCUAA